CUGAAGUCGAUUAAAUCGCACUAUAUCUUCUGAUAAUAUUGUAAUAUUGGAUCUAAUAAUAAUUUUGAUAAAAUGCGUUUAAGAACUUACAAAAAAUGCUUGUAUUAUUUGAUAUCAAGUGGUACUUGCAUGGUAUUCAUAGGUGGUUGCUGGUUUUUAUAUCAACUGCGACAGACAUCACAGAUUCUUCGAUCCACUGUAACAACAGAUAUUCUUAAUUUAGAACAAACACGCAAAUCAUACAUAUAUAUUGAUAAACCUCAAUACAAAGAUAUCUUUACAUUUCAUGAAAAGGAAAAUCAAUAUACAUCAGAAAGACAAUCUGCAGAUAAUCAUGAUGUAACUAAUAUUUUAGUUAGAUUCAGUUAUAAUGUAACUAAUAUUGUACCUAUAAUGGUUGAUAUUAUAACAGAGAGAUGGAAAAUGUUAAAUCGAAAAUUAGCAUAUGCAUUUUUUAAUGUAGCUCGUUUUGGUGAUGAACAUGAAAGAAUAAGAGCUGCGACAGCUUUAUGUUCUCUAAAUUAUUUAGAAGAUUGGCAUUAUCAAAAUAUGGCACAGAUGUUAGAUGCUAGGACAGCUAUUGCUCUUGCACGUACACCAAAUGUUGAUCAACGCUUUUUCUUAAAACCACCUUAUUUUCAUAUGGAAUAUAAUUUGCAUGAUGUAAUUGAGAAAGUCCAUAACAUGCUGUUACAUUUAAAUUCAUUAUGUAAUAAAUUACAUCCAUGUCUCACACAGUUCCUUCAGAAAAAAUUUGGAGAUUUAUUUAGAGAUGGUUUAAUGUUUGAACAUGAUUUACCAAGUAUGGGUUUAGCAAUUCCUCCAACAAUUAUAUGGAAUGAAGAAUUACUUCAAAACUGUGUCCAAACAAUUUAUCAUCAUUCCUCUCUUGAACAGUAUAGUAAAGAUAUUGUAAAUGCCAAUGGUCUUCAGAUACUUAUGUUAAUUUAUAAAAUUUUCAGUGAUAAUAUUGACAUGUGUAUAAUACUUGCCAAUAUACUUUCUAAUAUAUCACUUCACAUUGAAUAUUUAGAUGAUUUUUUUCGAUCAGGUUGGUUGAGUAUAUUAGUCACAUGGUCUAAGAAUAAAGAUAUAAGAUUAUCAGUACCUGCAGGAUGUGCUUUAGCAAAUUUAGAUAUAGAUAAAAAUAAACAUAUCAAAUAUCAUAGGCAUGUAUAUCUUCUUCAUCCAUUGCAUAGAACUGAUACAACAUCAAAACUAGAUGUUAUCUUUUUGCAUGGUUUACUUGGCGGAGUAUUUGUAACAUGGAGACAGAGAGAUAUAAAUAAUGAUACAUAUAAAUACGAAGAUCCUAUUAAUAUGAAACAUGAAAAUAGUCAUAUGUCUACUUUGAUCAGUGAUUAUCCCAAAGAAUUUUUCAAAGAUUUGGCUUAUGAUUUGCAAAUACGUGCAUGGAAAAAAUUAGGCAGAGAUUACGAGGUGAUACUUGAUGAUUGUCCUGUAAAUAUUAAUUAUCAAUUAACUGGUCCAUUUACUUGUAAAGGAGAUGAUGCUUGCAUGAAUGAUUUAGAGCAUGAUAAAAUUUAUAGAACACAAUGUUGGCCAAUGGAUUGGUUGCCUCGAGAUGUACCAUAUCUUCGAAUUCUCGGUGUUAAUUAUGAGACAAAUUUAUCAAUGUGGACUCCUUUGUGUCCAAUAGAGAGCUUGAAGAGUACGAUCAGUGAAAGAAGUAAUGAAUAUAUUAAUAAAUUAUUGAUAGCAGAUGUUGGAAAACGACCAAUAAUAUGGGUUUGUCAUUCGAUGGGUGGUUUAUUAGUUAAAAAAAUGCUCGUCGAAGAAUGGAAAAGUGGGGAUAAGCAUAACAUAUGCAAAAAUACACGUGGUAUAGUAUUUUAUAGUACUCCACAUCGUGGUUCGCACAUAGCUGCAUUAACGCAAGCAACACAAAUGCUUUUAUGGCCAUCAAUAGAGGUGCAGGAAUUACGACAAGAAUCACCGCAUCUUCUUGGAUUGCACAAAGAUUUUAUUGAAAUGUUAAACGAUUAUCCUAUAAAUAUUGUGAGUUUCAGUGAAACAAAAUCUACCCUGGUAACUGCUUUAAAAUUUCCAUUUCAAUUCGUCACUCCUAAUUCAGCAGAUCCUGGUGUAGGUGAAUUUUUUGAAAUUCCACAGGAUCAUUUAACAAUCUGUAAGCCUGCUAAUAGGCGAUCGUUUUUAUAUCAAAAGCUCUUAUGCUUACUUCGACGUCAAAUAGAAAUUCGAAAAGAAACAAAAAGUUCAAUAUUCAUGAAUCUAACAUGGCCAGAUAGAUUAUUGCCAAAAUAAAUGAUGUUCCUUAUCUUUACUCUCGUUGCUCUCUUCUGAUGCUUUAUUAUUUCGUACUUAUUCAGGAUUAUGUCUUUCGUGCCGACAAGAAAGAAGACAACAAGAAGGAACAAGCAUGGUGGAAUUGCUAGGUGCGACAUUUUCAUCAUCCGCCAAACUUGAAUCCCUUAAAAUCUUUCCAAUUUUUUUCAAAUCUCGUUCACUCCCGUUUUCAAUGUAAAAUCAACGUAAAUUUCAUGAUUAAGUACAUCCCGCGAACGAAGUCACACAGCUUGGCUGCCUGUUAAUUUUGAUUUCGCAAAUGAGAUAAUUUCUUUUCUUCUUUUUUUUUUUUCUUCUUUUCUUUCUUUUGUUGUUUUCUCAGGUAUUUGUAACAGCGAACGCGUACAUUGUUCUCUAAACAUACGAUCGCGGCCACGGUACGGCCCUCACUGCUAAGAGAACGAAUAGAAAGCAAAAUCUUACUUUCACUUUGUCCCCGUAGACUACCACACCAAUCGCUCGCACCUCUUAGAAGAGAUCGCCUCGAGGCCAACGAGAUUCUCUCUCUCUCUCUCUUUCUCUUUUUCUUUCUUUCUUUCUUUUAUUCUUUCAUUCUUUUCUUCCUUCGUAUCUACCGAUCUCGUGUGAUCUCUUGAUCUUUUCUCGAUCGAUAAAAUUUAAUCUAAUAUUGUGAUAAAGAAAUGUUAUGUUUAACAUUAUGACAAAAGACAAAAAAGAAAAUAUUGUUAAUUACAGGAAAUAAAUACCAUUUUUUUUUAAGAA